GCCCUUGAGUUUCCAACACUAAACACUGAACUUUGUCUUUAGUGUAAACACGACGAGAUAUAACUGGGCACACUGGACGAAGGUCGACAACCCAAACGCACGGUUAAAAGUGCGUGUAUGACGCAGAACUGCUGCUAAAGCGAGCGCGCUCGGAACGACUUUGGGGAGAAAAACAGGAAUUUAGACGAGUAGUCGUUUUAAUUGUGCAUUGUUAGACGUGUCUUGUAUGUACAGUAUCAGUGUCGCUGUCUCCAGGAUCUGCGCGCAUCAUCAUGAACUUCGUGUUGGAGACGCUGCGCGUGCUCGUCAUGUCGUUGCUCUAUAACAUUGAAGCGUUUGUUCGGUUGUUUGUGCCGCGUCGCAGAAAGAGUGUGACCGGGGAGCUCGUGCUUUUGACCGGAGCGGGCAGCGGCAUCGGGCGCCUGAUGGCCCUGGAGUUCGCGAGCCUGGGAGCGCGCCUCGUCCUGUGGGAUAUCAACAAGGAGGGCAACAAUGAGACAGCGCGAAUGGUUAAAGAAGCGCACGGUGUGCGCGCGCACGUGUACACCUGCGACUGUAGCGUCAGGGAGGAGGUGUACAGGGUCGCGAACCAGGUGAAGCGUGAGGUUGGUGAUAUCACAAUUUUGAUAAAUAAUGCAGGAGUUGUUACUGGGAAGAAAUUCAUGGAUUGCCCGGAUGCACUGAUACAGAAGACUAUGGAGAUCAACAGCCUGGCUCACUUCUGGACGUACAAGGCAUUUCUCCCAGCAAUGAUUGCAGCUAAUCACGGACAUCUGGUCAGCAUCGCGAGUUCUGCUGGGCUUAUUGGAGUCAAUGGACUGGCAGAUUAUUGUGCGAGUAAAUUUGCUGCGGUUGGCUUUGCUGAGUCCAUGGCUCUUGAGCUCUUGGCCAAUGGCUGUGAUGGAGUGAAGACCACCAUAGUCUGCCCCUUCUUCAUUAACACUGGCAUGUUUGAAGGAGCUAACACAAAAUGGCCCAGACUCAUGCCUAUUCUGGAGCCGGAUUAUGCGUGUAGAAAAAUUGUGGAUGCUGUUCGAAGGGAUCAGGUUUUACUAUGCAUACCUAGUAGCAUGUACAUCAGCCUUGCCUUGAAGAGUAUUUUACCCACUAAAGUUGGUGUGCUGCUUGGUGAAUAUCUGGGAGCUUUUAACUUCAUGGCAAAAUUCAAAGGUCAUGGAACAAAGAGCGACUAAUUUCACCCAUGACACAAGAAAAACAACUGCUGGACCAAAUCACCAAGAAGUGCCAUGGUGUGCAAUUGUGUUAGUCUACGUUUACUAGUCUGCAACAUUAUUGAAUUAUUCAACCUUACAUUUUUAAACAAUUUUGAAAAGCACUUAUUCAUUAUUUUACCUCAUGGCAGAUUUUAAUUUAAAGACUUGACCUUACAGUAUACUGUAGAAUAGAUGAUAAUGCUUUUCCGUUAAUCUCCUCAGAUUAUUGCACAUCAUAAAUGUGAAAUUUAGUACGGUGUUGUUGUUUUAAUCUACUUGACCAAAACCUCUAUUUUAUAUAGUGAAUGAAGGAGAAUUUAUUUGGUCAAAUAAUUGUACAUGUUGUUAUACCUCUUAUUAAUACACUAAAAUGUAUGUGUAAUACUA